AUGCUCACUACCACAGUCCGUGAUUAUCAACUUAUGGAUGGGAGAGAUAAGUGGAUGUGCACUUUAUCUAGUGAUGGUGUUUUCCAUGUCGAUGCUCUUAGAUUUCAAAUUGAUUGCUCGAACAUACCAUCGAUGGAGACUCACUUAAGAUGGAUUCAUGAGAUCCCAUUGAAGGUGACAUGCUUUAUAUGGAGGGCAAAUUUAGACAGAAUACCAACCGCAUGCGCUCUACUCAAACGAGGUAUUCAACUGGAAUCCCCCCUAUGCACCUAUUGCGGGAAUGAAGAAGAGGAUGCAUCCCAUGUGAUCCUACGAUGCCCAAGGGAUGUGUAG